CUGCGCAGUGCCCAGCGGUCGACGUACGUACAUGGCCACCGUCCACCAGAUCCGGCGCGCUCAGCGUGCGGACGGCCCGGCGGCCGUCCUCGCCAUUGGCACGGCGAAUCCGGAGACCACCAUGCUGCAGGGCGAUUACGCCGACUACUACUUCCGCGUUACCAAGAGCGAGCACCACGCCGACCUCAAGGACAAACUCAAGAGAAUUUGUAAGAAAUCAGGGAUCGAGAAGCGCUACGUGCACCUCGACGAGGAGCUCCUCGCCGCGCACCCGGACUUCAGCGACCGCACGUUGCCGACCCUCGACGCCCGCAUAGAAAUUGCCUCCGCCGCGGUACCCGCGCUCGCCGCGUCCGCCGCCGCGAAGGCCAUCGCCGAGUGGGGGCGCCCGGCGUCCGACAUAACCCACCUUGUCUUCAGCACCUACUCCGGCGGCAAGGCACCGAGCGCCGACCUCCGCCUGGCGUCGCUCCUUGGCCUCCGUCCCACCGUGUCCCGCACCAUACUCAGCCUCAACGGCUGCUCCGGCGGCGGCAGGGCCCUGCAGAUCGCCAAGGAGCUCGCCGAGAACAACCGCGGCGCGCGCGUCCUCGUGGCCUGCUCUGAGAUCACCCUCAUAGCGUUCUACGGGCCCCUGGAGGACCGCCUCGACACCAUCCUCGGCCAGGGCAUUUUUGGCGACGGCGCGAGCGCGGCGAUCGUCGGCGCCGAUCCCGUCGUGGUCGGCACCGUCGAGCGCCCGCUGUUCGAGAUGGCCUUCGCCACGCAGACGACGAUACCGAAGACAGAGGGCGACAUCAGCAUGCAGCUCAUGAAAGGCGGCCUCGACUUCCACCUCUCCACCCGAGUGCCGAAGUUACUGAAAAACAACAUCAAGCGCUGUCUGAUCGACACCUUCGAGCUUCUUGGUGUCAGUGCUACGUGGAACGACCUAUUCUGGGCGAUCCACCCAGGGGGCCGUGUGAUCUUGGAUCACGUCGAGGAACUGCUCGCGCUGGACGACGGGAAGCUGGCGGCGAGCCGACGGGUGCUGAGUGAGUUCGGUAACAUGAGUGGCGCGACGGUGAUCUUCGUGCUCGAUGAGCUGCGCCGGCGCAUGGCAAGGGGAGAGGAGGUGGCCGAGUGGGGAGUGAUGAUGGCGUUCGGCCCGGGGAUCACGAUCGAGACGAUGGUGCUGCACGCCUCAUGCAACCUCCAGGAAAACUAGACGUUUAUCUAUAUAUACAUGCACGC